AUGGUGAGUGUGCUUAGUUAGGAACAAAGUGAACGGGGCAUGUUGGUUUAGGCUGGAGAAGGUGCUGCAAGACCACCACGGAGUACACGGAGGGAUCAAAAUGGUGUGAACAUGAAUGGUUAGUGCUAUGAAACAAUUUUGUAUAACUUUAGCACACUGUGUAGUUUCAGGACGUCCAGCUAAUCAGAAUGGGUCAACUGCUCGCAGAUCGCGGCAAAGGGUAAGUGGUUUUUAUCCAGGUGUUCAGUUUUAUGAUUAUGUUUGCAUUUCACAAAGAAGGGAAUCUGGAAAUUAAUUAUAGACAAGUAUAAGCUUUUUCAGAACCCUACACCUGAAAGAACUUUGUCUAAUACUCCGGAAAACGUUGAACAGGUGUGGAGUUUGUUUGUUUGAAAUAAGUCCAGAGUAAACUUUAAGGACCCAUAUAUAUCCGUCCAUGAUCAACUUAUUGCCAACUGGUCCAAUCUCUUGCAACAGCAUCAAACCGCUUGGAAUCAACAACUGUACAACUCUCUCAUAUCCGCAUCCCUUGGUUCUGGCCCGAUGCAACCAAACGUCUCCUCGUCUGGAGCGAUGCCCAACUUUCCGCCGCCCUUCUUAAUGCCACAAAUGUUCCGAGACAUUUCUCAGGCUGCUGAACAACACCACGGAACUGUUCCAACUCAUCAGAGACAGCCUUCAUCUCAUUCCAACUCUGCCCCAUCUGGACAGUCGGGAGAUCUAACGUUUAUUGAGUGUCGCGUAAUGCCUGUUAUGAUUCCCGUCGUCACCCAUAUUUCCGUUAUGCUUCCGGUACCAGUCGCCAGUAGACCGGCCACUUUGGAAAUGCUAAGACAACAUGUGAAUGCUACAGCCUCUCGUCACUUCAUGCCGGCUAAUUUUCCUCAAUCUGGGGUAAGUUACUUCAAGAUACUGUGGUUUUAUUUAGAUGUUUCAGAGGCAAGCAGUCAGACGCGUCCGACCAACUUCCGCUCCCAUAUUAUAA